UGCCAGACGGAAGAGCCAUUACAGUAUCGAGACCGACAACCGAGUUUUCGUGCGGCUGGGUGCGAAGUUAAAAUUGUGAAGUGAAUAGUGUUAGCUGAAUUGUGUGUAAUUAAGAAUGUACCACCUGUAAUUACAUGGCUAUCAGUGAUGAAACCCUGGCGUCGCGCGACCAGCACGGGCGCCCCUGACGCCGCUGCUCCCCGGCGCUGAGCUCCCCGCCGCGCGGGGCCAUGGACGCCGAGGGCGGCUCCAAGCUGCCCCACUCGCAGUCCACCCCGGCGGGGGUGGACGGGGGCGGCGGUUCGCGCACCCCGCCCGCCACGCCCAAGAAGGGCGGCAAGAUGCUGGCGGUGCGCGUGCAGAUGCUGGACGACUCCGUCACCAUGUUCCAGGUCCAGGCGAAAGCAUUGGGCAGAGUGUUGUUCGACCAAGUGUGUAAGCAGUUACACCUGUUGGAGGCUGAUUAUUUCGGCCUCGAAUACCAGGAUGCCAGUGGCACUAAGUACUGGCUGGACCUGGAGAAGCCGCUGGCGCGCCAGGUGGAGCUGUCCCUGGUCGACACGCUGCUGAGGUUCUGCGUCAAGUUCUACACGCCGGACCCGGCGCAGCUGGAGGAGGAGUUCACCCGCUACCUGUUCUGCCUGCAGAUCAAGCGAGACCUCGCGCAGGGGCUGCUGCAGUGCAACGACAACACAGCGGCGCUGAUGGCCUCCUACAUCGUGCAAGCGGAGUGUGGGGACUACGUGGUGGAGGACUACCCCGACCACACGUAUCUCUCCUCUUACAAGUUUGUGCCGAACCAGGACCAUGAGCUAGAGAGGAGGAUAAUGGAAAACCACAAGAAACAUGCUGGGCAGCCGCCAGCGGAGGCUGAUCUAAAUCUUUUGGAGACGGCUCGAAGAUGUGAAUUGUAUGGCAUGAAGAUGCACCCUGCUAAGGACCAUGAAGGCGUGCCUUUAAACUUGGCAGUCGCGCACAUGGGUAUAGUGGUUUUUCAAAACUUCACUAAGAUCAACACCUUCUCGUGGGCAAAAAUUCGCAAGAUUAGCUUUAAAAGAAAGAGGUUUCUAAUCAAACUUCAUCCGGAGGGCUACGGGUACUACAAAGACACAGUCGAGUUUUUUUUCGAAGGUCGAAACGAAUGUAAAAAUUUUUGGAAAAAGUGUGUUGAGAAUCAUGGAUUCUUCCGAUGUUCAGCGGUUAAACACGUUCCAAGACAAAAAACACGUGUUCUCAGUAGAGGUUCUUCAUUUAGGUAUAGUGGCAGGACGCAAAAGCAAAUAGUUGAGUUUGUUCGAGAAAACUACGUGAAGCGGCAAACAUUCCAGAGGUCUCAGUCGUUCCGCCAUUCGAGCUCGGUUCACUCGAGUGUAGCGAAUGUUGGCACCAGUGUGUCAGCUCAUCCUUUGUUACCACUGGGGGAGAAUGCUGUCGCCGGCACUCCAGCAUCUCUCUCAUGCGGCUCGAUGAACCUGGGCUCUUUGAACAGAGAUCACCAUCACCGCCACUCCAACCGUCACCCACAGAGCCCGAGUAUGACAGCGACUUCGUCUCCGACUCACACGGCCGACAUUCACGACUUCGACACCAAGGACUAUGUCGUUGUUCCCACCCUGACGCCUUCGCCUCCACUUACCACAUCCCUGUCUCCCGGAACGUCCGUCACGUCCAGCCCACAGCAUUUCUACCCUCGGAGUGCCAUUACCGGGUCCGCUCAUGCGAUCACAGACGACGAAGAGCAAGAGUACCACACCAACAACAGUCUGCAGAGCCCGUAUCAUCACCGGAACACAGGUACAGACACUGCGGGUUCUACCCCUGACGAGAAGCAGUCACAACAGACUCCUGCUGAAGUUUCGACGGUCACCAACUCUAGCAGUGUUUCUCCGUACGUUCCUUGUGUACCCACGUACAACGGUGACAUCUCGAGGAACCACAGCAAAGGCAACCAUGAUGUGACAUUGUUACCAGAGUUGACUCCACAGAAAUGUGUUAUCAAGGAGGAAAUGGUAUCCGUGCAAAAGGCUAUAAUUGAAGGUGAAAUCGAUACAAGAAGAAAAAGAUAUCCUACUGACAAAGCCUACUUCAUUGCUAAAGAGCUGUUGAUGACAGAAAGAACAUACAGGAAGGACCUUGAAGUAAUUAAUUUGUGGUUCCGCGACGAGGUGAGCAAGGAGGAGGAAGAGAUGCCGGACGACGUACUCAACCUGCUGUUCGCGCUGGUCGAUCCCAUCUACGAGUACCACUGCGGCUUCCUGCGCGAGAUCGAGCAAAGGCUCGCGACGUGGGAAGGACGGAGCAAUGCCCACCUGAAGGGCGACCACCAGCGCAUAGGGGACAUUGUGUUCAAGAACCUGGCAGUCCUACCUAGGUAUCAUCAGUACUUGGAGAAACAUUUUGUAGUUUUGGAACGGCUAGAUACUGCAUUCCGUUUAAACAAGAAAUUUGAGCAGUUGUACAGAGACUUUGAACUCCAGAAGGUGUGCUACUUGCCACUGACAUCCUUCAUCCUGAAGCCCCUUCAAAGGCUACUGCACUACCAGAACUUGCUGGAUCGUUUGCUGCAGCAUUACGAACGAGAUCAUCCGGACUAUAACGAAUGCUAUGCUGCUCAAAACAGACUAGCAGAAACUGUGAUCACGGUUCCUGAAAUCCUAAAAAGAUCGGAGAACUUUGUGCAACUCUGCGAGCUCCAGAGGGACAUAUCGGGGUUCGACAACCUCGUGCAGACGGAGCGGGAGUUCCUGAGGCAGGGCUGUCUGCUGAAGCACUCUCGCAAGGGCUACCAGCAACGGAUGUUCUUCCUGUUUUCCGACAUCCUUCUGUACACAAACCGUACUCUACAGCCGAGUGCGCAGUUCAGAGUUCACGGACAGAUGCCUCUACGCGGUGUGAUGGUGGACGAAGCCGACAAUAAGAUAGGCGCCACUUACUGCUUCAACAUUUAUGGUGGGAACAGGGUCCUGACGGUGGCGGCCAACUCCCAGGAGGAGAAGGACAGGUGGAUGGAGGACGUCGCGACUGCGGUGCAGGCGGCCAAGGAGCACGGCCUUGACAGCAAGCUGCAGUACCUCAGCCUCAAGUCAUGCAGCUCAUCAGAUGAAGUGAUUGACAAAUGUGGUGAAGAUGCAGGCUCCAACAGAGAAAAGGCAUCAUCGCAGCGCAGUAAUACAACCGUUCACGUUUGUUGGCAUCGUAAUACCAGCAUCAGCAUGAACGAUCAGUUGAAAGCUGUUGAGAAUCAACUGAGUGGUUAUCUUCUACGGAAAUUUAAAAACAGUAACGGCUGGCAGAAACUGUGGGUUGUAUUUACCAAUUUCUGUCUAUUCUUCUAUAAAACUUUCCAGGAUGACUUUCCCCUGGCUAGCUUGCCACUUUUGGGCUACACCGUGAGCACACCUUCAGAGAAAGACUCCAUCCUCAAGGAUUACGUCUUUAAGCUGCAGUUCAAGAAUCACGUGUACUUCUUCCGAGCGGAAAGUGAAUAUACGUUUAGCAGAUGGAUGGAAGUGAUCAGCAGUGCAACUCAGAACAAUGGUUAUGUUCGUAUGGCUGGUCGUAAAGAUAAUAAUCUGGAUUCCCCGUGAGUUUAACAGUGAUUGGAACUUGUCUUAAACUGGUAGCUCUAUAGCUUCUUGUUAUAAUCCUGUACAUAAAUGAUUGUUCAUAUCAACACCCUAAAAAAACCCUGUUCUGGAGAUUCAUUAAUCUGUUUUAUCUGCACAUGUUUUUAACUCUUGAUGAAGUAAGUACGUAUGUCACCAGUUAUGGCAGUUUUUGCUAAGAUAAUUCAAAGGUGAAAAUCUUUGUAAUGUUCUUUUUCUUUCUCUAGUUUUCAGAUUACAUGUGACUAUGGAAUCCUUAAUAGAUACUAAACUACAUAAAGAUUCAAAGCCUUAUGUUCAAACAGACAUGUGGAAAAUAAGAGGCAUAAUUUAUUGUUUAUAAUACUGUGUUUAGAAGUACAUCGUGAGAUGUUCUUAAAUAAAAAUGCACUUAACUUUCUACAUGUUUAGUAGCCUAUCUGAAUGGCCUUGCUCGAUAGCUUCAAGCAUAGUAAUGGUAAUUUUGCUACAGUUUUUUUUUCUUGUUAAUAUACAGUGAUCAACAUAACAUUAUAUACAGAAAAACUGAACAAUGACUUCAUAUUUUCACAAUUUAAUAUUUUAAUAUUGAAGGUUUUACAGUUUGAUAUGAAAGGCUGUCAGUGUUUUAAAGAUUCAAAAUUAUAUUUUUAUAAACUUAAUAAAACAAAUUAUAAGUGUUGUGAACUAUUGGUAUCAAGCCAAACUCUGAAAUUACUUGUUUUAGAAAUGAUGCAAUGUGAAUAUAAAUGUUUGUUUAUUAAUGUUUGCAGAGCAAACCAAUACUUUUUUACUUACGAUAACCUAAAUAAAAACAUACUGAGGAGUGAGGUGUAAGACUUGUAAUUGUUUGCAAAAAAUGACAUUUAUUGAUUGAAAUAUACAUAUGUUAAAAAAUUUUAA